UGUCAUGCUGAAUCAGCCUGUGGUCUGAAGUUAUCUCAUGAAAACUGAAGUUGUGCAGAGUAAUCCUAUUUUCCACCUACGUUAUCCAGUCUGGACACAAGACGAUUCAGAAAACAUACAGUAGGAACAAAAUGAGCAAAUCUGUGGAAACUUGCUUUGUUUUGCUUAUUGUUUAUCUGAGGUUCAUUUCACUGAUGGGAACAAGCUCACAGCUACGACCAGAUGGACAGACAGAUAACAAAAAUUUCACGUGCCCUCACAUGUGCACAUGCAUUUUCGAUGACUACACUGAAGAACUGAAUGUCUACUGCAGCUCUCACAAUCUUACCAGCAUUCCUAACGAUGUACCAACGAAUGCCAAAACAGUUUGGUUUGACAGUAACAACUUCACAGUUCUUCCAUCCUAUGCUUUCAGAAAUCUGUCAAAUCUGGACUUCCUGAACCUUGAGAAAGGACAGAUAGUUAGCAUAGAUCAACAUGCUUUCUAUGGUUUGAAGCAACUGGUCCACCUCCACUUGGAAAGGAACAAUCUGAAACACCUGACACCAAGUGUAUUCCAACACACUCCAGUUCUUGGCUCACUUAGUCUAAACAACAACAACUUCGGCAAAAUUGAGGGAACAUUAUUUUCCAGCCUUUCCCAUCUUUGGUACCUGAAUCUGGGUUGGAAUAAUCUUGCAGUUUUGCCUACAGCAAGUUUUCAUAAUUUGUCUAAGUUGAGGGAGCUUAUUUUAGCGGGAAAUAGACUUAAUUACCUGCAGCCACAACUAUUUACCAGCUUGACAGAGCUGAAGGAACUUGAUCUGUCUAGAAACCUGUUGAGAAUUAUUAAGAGGAACAUCUUUGUGAAUUUGCAAAAACUUCAGAAGCUCUAUUUGAGUCAUAAUCAAAUCAGCACCAUCAUGCCUGGAGCUUUCAUGGGAAUGAAGUCUCUCAGAUGGUUAGACUUGUCUCACAAUCGUAUUACCAUAUUACAUGAGGAGACAUUUGCUGGACUCCUAAACCUCCAUGUACUUCGAGUGCUCAACAAUUCCAUCACAGGAUUAAAGCACAAGACCUUCAGAGAACUUCAGUUUCUAGAAGAGCUCCAAUUUGGGUACAACAAAAUCAGAAGUCUUCCUGAGAACAUUUUUGAGGGCUUAGUCCAACUAGAAGUCCUCACUCUGAAUAAUAAUCAAAUACAGGAGAUCAGACCCGGGGCAUUUGCUGGUCUUUGUGAUGUCGCCGUCCUUAAUCUAUCUAGCAACUUUUUAAAGGACUUAUCAGAAUACACCUUUAAGGGUCUUCCUAACCUUCAUAGCUUGCAUUUAGAAAAUAAUGUAGUCACAAGAAUUCCACCCAACACAUUUUCUGGACUGAUUGGCCUUCGACGACUUUUCUUGCAAAAUAAUCACAUUUCAAUCAUCGAAAAUCAUAGCCUCAGUGACUUACGAGGGCUUUUGGAAUUAGAUUUCAGGUACAACAAACUCACAGAGCUAUCUCCUCAUGCCUUCACAGGAAUAUCAAAUCUGGAAUAUCUUCUGUUAAAGUGCAAUAAACUUGCAAAAAUUCCUGACAUCGCCUUUCAGCCUCUUCAGCAGCUCUCUUGGCUUGAUUUAUCAGAGAAUUUUAUUGAGUUUUUCUACAAUCAUACUUUUAAGCCACUGACCAGGUUAAAAUAUUUGAACCUCAAGAGCAAUUCUUUACGGAAUUUCCCAGAUCAACUUUUGAAACAGUCAUCAGAACUUGAACAAUUAUUGUUGGAUGGUAAUAGAUGGCAUUGCGACUGCUUGUUGAAGUCCCUCAGAGACUACUGUCUGGAGAACCCCCAUGUUGUGCCACGUUACUUUGAAUCAACAGUAGAAAGGGAUGAAAUUCAUACAGUUGUGUAUAUAUACAAUAACAUCACAUGUGCAAGCCCACAAGCCAUAGCUAGUACAGAUCUGAGAGACAUCAGCGAGGACUAUUUUGUUAACUGCUAACAUCAAGCGCAACAUGAGAUGUUACCUACAAUUAUCACAGUCAAAUUAUUCAAAUGGCUAUAUUGUGAUUACUUCAUCUUUUACAAGCAUAUAUUAUCUGCAUAUGCACUUAUAACAAUACAUUAAUCAGUUAAUGGGGGCCUGAAAUUUCUGGAUAGUAUAAUCUGUUAUUGAUACAAUAUUUCCUUCGGGCUCAGAAAACAUAUGACUAAGCUUAUAAACACAAGAGAUUAUGCACAUUCUGGAAUCCAGAGCAACAUUCCCAAAAUGCUGAAGGAACUCAGCAGAUCAAGCAGCAUCUAUGGAAAGGAAUAAACAGUCGAUGUUUCAGGCCGAGACCCUUCAUCAGGAUUUAAGCUUAUUAUAGUUAUGCAAAUAAUGCCCAGAUGAUUGAGCAGAAAUGACAGUAACUGCACUAACUUGAACAUUAAGCAGCUUAAAAGGUAGUAAGAUGUUUCAGUGUUCGGGGAAAUUAUUUUACUGGUUUGGUGAACCAGAAACAAAUUGAAACUGAUGGAUGUCAGUAGGAAUGCAAUAAGAAAAAUUAGCCACUUGGCAAAUUAUAUAUUUUAGGAACAAAAUGUUCUACCAAACCAAAAUACUGAAAAAUGUUGUAAAUCUGAAAUAAAAAGAGAGAAAUUUACAAGUGCUAAGUGGGUCAAAGAACAUUUAUGAAGAUAAGGAUGCAGUAUUUCAUGUUUGUGUCUUUCAUCAGAAUGAGUAAAGAUUAAGAACUAGAUUUGUUUUAAGAUGUCAAGAAAUGGGAAAAGAAUAAAGUAGAUCUGUGGUAGGGUGGGAAACUUAAACAAAAAAGCAAUGAUCAAAGAAACAAAAGAUUGAUCUAAUGGAGACAUAAAUCUAAGUGUCAAAAUUAGUGAUAUUUAAAUAUUAUUCAAAAUUAAGCACAUCCCAGCAACACCCAGGACAAAUUUUGGAUUAGAUUAUUUCAUAAAAUUCAGAAGUUUUAAGUCUACUCUUUCAUUCCGACUUAAAAGUAAAUUUUGACCUCAUUACAAAUUUAGACAACCUGUAUCUUCUAACCUAUCUAUCCAUGUACAUCCCUAAAUGUCUUUUAAACAUGGUAAUUGUUCCUAACUCAAGUUUCCACUGGCAGCUCAUUCCAGAUAACCAUCAUACUUCGAGUGUAAAACUUUCCCUUUGAUCAUUUUUUAAAUGGUACCCCCUCAUCUUAAAUCCAUGUUCUUUUGUUUUGCACAUUCCUACCCUACAAAAGACAUAAACUUCAUUGUAAUGAAUAUAUACCAUUCUUAAACUCUCCCAGACUUUUUUUAAAGGCAAACCUUUACCUGCAAUAGCCUAUCCCAAUCCACUGUUGUCUUACCUCAAUUUGGGAUUUUAAUUUGUGGAUUAGUCCCAUCUUUUUCCAUAACUAUUUUCAAACUAGUAAAGAGUUAUGGUCACUGCUCUUUAGUUCUGCUUCAAUAAAAAAAUUCUAUUCUGCAUAUUCCUGACUUCCAACCCAUCCCACUCCUCUUUUAUUGCAUCUUAAACAAUUAUUCAGCCUUUCUGAUGAAAAGUCAUUAACUUGACUCCCAUUCUUAGCUGAUCUGAUAGAUUCAGACCUACAUUAUCUACAUAUACUCCCUAAUCUGCUAAGCAUUUCUAUCACUUCCUCUUUUUAAAAGUUGAGGUCUUAGAAAUGUAGACAUUUCAGUAUAUUUCUAAAUAUAGCAAUUUCAAAAUCGUUUGAAUAGUUUUUCAAUUUUCAUCGUUUUUAUUCAAUGAAACAUGAGGUUAGUGAUUUUUAAUGCUAAAUUAAUGUUCUCUUCAAUCCCACCACAGGCCUUAAAGGUAUCUUUAUUUCCUUCACUUGCAAGUACAACAGAGCAGAUGCAGAAAAUAUUCCUUCAGUUGAAACCUCAAUUGUAGAAAUCAAGCUUCACAAUUCUAAUCAGUUACUCAGGGAAUACAAUACCACAGUAAUUACAUCUUCAGUUCAAAUCCACCACUGAUGGAGGAAUGAAUGUAAAAGCUUGUAUAACCACAAAAUCACCGGAUUAUCAUUGCAACCAAUUUUGUUCAUGAACAAUCUUUAAGGAAAGUCGAUUCCCAUUCUUGGCCGAUCUGACUGAUUGUGGAGCCAGACUUGCACAUCUGGAAGAACUGACAUUAUAUACAAUGUCAGUCCAUAUGUCUCAAAUGAACAGCAGGCAAAAUAAUGUCUUUAAUAUCUUUAUGUUACAGUACUGAUGAUACUGCAUGCUUCAAUAAAUUUCAACAACUCAU